CACAUCCCUGCAGGAGGUGACGGUGUGAAGGUGAAGUUCUUCGGUCAGUCCAUCCAUGGAGUCAUGGAUCUGAAUGGAGACGGGAUCACUGACGUUACCAUAGGAGGUCUGGGAGGGGCUUCUCUGUUCUGGUCCAGAGACGUCGCAGAGCUCCGAGGCAACAUGACCUUCGACCCCGUUAAGAUCAACCUGCAGCAGGCUCAGCAUCAGUGUGAGCACGGAGGACGUAAAUCUGUGUGUGUGAAGACGGAGGUGUGUUUCGUCUACAGCAUCAAAUCUGACCAGCAGGCCGAACACCCAGCUGCAGGUAUCCGCUACACUCUGACUCUGGAUGCUCUGCGUGCGAAAGCGAGGGCUUCGUUCAUCGGCUCGGACGAAAAGAACGACCGCAGAGUCGCCAGGACGUUCAAUAUCAGCCACAGGGAGAGAAAAUGUGCUCAAGAAACCUUCAUGAUGUCGGCCCGUCUGGACUUCAGAGAUCCUCUCAUGGUGUCUCUGGAGUUUGGCCUCUCAGAUGAAGACCAAGGCCCCGUCCUGGAUGAAAACCUCCCUCGAUCCAUCAACAAGACAAUUCCCCUGGUGGACUGUGGAAGUGAUGAGAAGUGCAUCGCUGAUCUCUCUCUCAAAGCAGUGCCUAGUGUCAAUAAGAUGAUGAUCAGAACCAACAAAGACAAGAUCGACGUGAACAUCAACGUGAGGAACAGCAAAGACAACGCGUACAACACUAAAGUCAUCCUCAGCUUCUCCCCAAACAUCAACUACGUUAAAGUGGAGCCGGAGAAAGCGUGCACGCUGAAUCACACGAAGGUGGAGUGUGCGGUUGGAUACCCUUUCUUAGGAAGCAAUGUAGAGGAAAACUUCAAAGUGAGAUUUGAGGUGAAUCCCAAACACAUCCAGGACGUGAUUCAGAUCAACGUGACGGCCACGAGUGACAGUGAGGAGCUGGAGUCGACGUUGCACGACAACUCGGUGCAGAUCUCCAUCCCCGUGAAGUACCAAGCUGGAAUCAUCUUCACUGUGCGUCCUAUGGAUGAACACGUGGUGGUGAAAGACGGCGAGACGUUUGCGAGUUCGUUCAACGAAACAAAGAUGAUCGGAGAGGAGGUCAUCAUCAGCUAUACGGUGGAGAAGUCAGGUGACAUGGUGACUCCUCCUCUGGACCUCUAUGUGGUUUAUCCUCAACUCUCGCCUCGGCAGAACAACCUCUUGUACCUCACAAACGUCACAUCCAGCGCCAAGGUUGAAUGUGACGCAACUCGGUGGAUCAACUAUCAGAAAAUUAGCCCUGAAGUCGUUUACCCGAAUCCAAAGAAGGAAACUCUGAGCGUCUUCCUGCUGAGAUGUGAGAACCAGUGUGCGUCCUUCAGAUGUUCGCUCCCUGAGAACACCUCCAGCCAGGUCAACGUCACGUUCAGAGUCUGGAAGCCCACCUUCAUCACGGGGGAGUUCACCAGUCUGUACAUGCUGGUGAACGCCACGCUGAAGAUCACAAACACAGACCUGUUCGAACUGAGCGACAGCACCAGGAGUACGAAGAUCCAGGUUUCUAAGGAGUCUUCAGGAGGAAUCCCCAUCUGGAUCAUCAUCAUCAGCAUCCUCAUAGGACUGCUCAUCUUAGCCCUCGUCAUCUUCGCUCUCUGGAAGAUGGGCUUCUUCAAGAGGAAAUCCAGAGACUACUCGAAGGAGGACAUGAUGGACUGAGGACACCCAGCAGCUCUGUGUCAGCAGACUUUAAAACAGGCAGUCGGACAGACGGAGGAAACGCCAAAGGACCCACACACACCUCGGAGCUACGACAUCAUGACGACCUGGAAAAAACAAACAAGCCUGGGUCAAAUAAUAUCUGCAAAUACUUCCCGGUGAUGCUUCAGGUUCACACACAGAGAGGGCUUCUUUAAAUUGUAUUUGCGAAUACUAUUUGUUGUAGAUCAGCUUCUUUCUUGCAUUCAAUAUCACAUCAAGUUCAAAAAGGAACCACAAAAGAGGAGGAAGAAGCCAUAACUCAGCAGGAAUCUGUUGGCAAAGAAGCGAAUAUCUGUACAUACAGCUGUUUUACCUAAGAGCUAGCUGCUCUCCGGCUUCAGAGGGAAAAAAGUACUCAGGUUUUUCUGUGUGGAGAUCAAAUGUCGCGACCUCACGUUCUUUCUUUGUCAUUACAGCAUCAACGUCCAAAGGUCUGUUUGCUUUUUAAACUUAUAACAUGUGAACUUAACACGUGUUGGAGCAGUUCAAACUAAGCGAAUGUGCUUUAUUAGCAAUACAAAUACGGAAGCACUGAGAUGGAAGUAAAACAAAAUGGUGAUCCAACUUUACCCGUUUUCUAGGUCUUUUUUCUGUGUUUAUGAUGUAGGAACAUUUUAAGAAUCAUAUUUUCCUUUUUUAUUCCUUCAUAUUUGGAUUGUUUGUUAUUGUAAUAUUAUUUUUAGCCACAAGAGGCACUAAGUCUAAACACAAGAGCCGCUUUCACACCAAGUACUUUGCCGUACUUAGUUCCUAACACUUAGUACCCAGCACUGAGUGCCCCCAUGGAACUAAGUACAGAUCGCGUUCACACCGGAAUAAGUUCCCUGAGGGAGGAUUAGGCAAAUGAAGCCGCUGACGUCACUUCUUCUUCUUCUGCUUUGGGUUUACUGGCAGGCCG